AAUAAUAAAAUCUUAUUUCUUAAUAUUUAAUUAAAAUACAGCUUAAAUUAAAAUAAAAUGAGUUCAAUGUCUAAUUUAGAGAAUCACAACCCUCAAGUAAUAAGACAAAUCACGAAAGAAGUCAAGACUUUAUCAACGGAAACAUUAGAAGGAAUUAAAAUAAACAUAAAUGAGGCAGAUCUUACUGAUAUACAAGCUAUUAUUGAUGGCCCAGCUGGAACACCUUACAGUGGCGGAAAAUUCCGUGUAAAAUUAACGCUUCCUAAAGACUUCCCUUCAAGCCCACCGAAAGCAUAUUUCAUGACUAAAAUUUUCCACCCAAAUGUUGCAAGCAACGGAGAAAUCUGUGUAAAUACACUCAAAAAGGACUGGAAGCCUGAUCUCGGAAUCAAACAUAUACUUUUAACUAUCAAAUGCCUCUUAAUCGUACCCAACCCAGAAUCCGCACUGAACGAGGAAGCUGGAAAAUUACUAUUAGAACAUUACGAUGAUUACUCGCAAAGAGCAAAAUUAUUGACCGAAAUCCAUGCCAGAGCAAGUUCAAGUAAAAAGGACGAUGCUGAAGAAGACGGCUGCAGUUCUAGCAAAAAAAUAGCGUCUGAUAAAAAGAUCCAGGACAAGAAAAAAGAGAAACUUAUAAAGGAGAAAAAGAGAAUCUUGAAACGUCUUUGAAAAGCCAUAAAAUUAAAGUUUUUUAAAAAUUUAUCAUUAUCACAAAAUUCAGGAUCUCUGUUCACAAUCCAAAAGAAGC